UGCACAAUUCCUCUGGUUUAGCCUGGCUCUCAGCUGAAGCCUGCACAUCACACUGGCUCCCUUGGACUUUUCUCGGGCUCCUUCAAGCAGCUAUGGGCUCCUUGACUUCUGCAAAUCCAUAAGGGAUGCAUAUAGAUCACCCUUUUCUACAAAUGACAUGUACUGGAGAGAAAGGCAAGACAGAGGAGCUGCCUCCUUCAGCAGUGGGGACCACCAGACAGACUGCCUCUAGGCACCUUGCAUCAGUCACAGGGCGAGCAGAGGGCUGCCGUUGGGAACCUCCAUGCAAACAAUAGACGCGGGAAAGCAAGACACAAAAGACCUUGAGCAGAUGACACUUUUGCAUCUUGAAACAAGCUUAUAUUAUAACGUCGUGCCUUAGCACCGUAGAUUGAAUUCAUCCUGAUGCUCACAUGGUUGAGAGUAUGACGUCACCCUCCAAGGGCUGUGGGAACAGUUCUGUAGUAACCUCUCAAGGUAUAGACAAAAGUGUCUCAAGAACUCUCUCAGAUGGCAGCUGUCACAAUGGGACAUGCAGCAAUAAAGGGGACUCCCAGGAUGAUCAGGACUCCUUCAAGCCCUCAAACUUCUUCACUAGCUCAAAACAACGGCUGAGUCCUAAUAAUGAAAGGCCCCGUUCCAUGAUAGGUGUGGGAAACUCCUCAACCUGGAAUGCAUUGUCCUCUCUGAGGAAGAUGGGUUCUUUUAAAAAACUCAAGUCAUCGGUUUUGCAAGGAAUUCAAGCAAAAGAAAACUCUAACAUCAUAAGCGAAUGCAGAGGUGACAUCCAGAAGUGCUUGUCUUCUGAGUGUUUGAGUUCUCAGACCACUUGUAGGUUGCCUAGCUCAAAAUCAUCGCCUGAUCAUUGUAAUUUGGUAGAUGGUCGCCAGUCUGAUGGAUCCGACAUGGAGGAGCCUGAUAACUCCUUCUUGCGAAGCACUCAUAGAUCCCGCAGCAUUAGACGUGCCUACGGAGCUGGCCGAAUCAACUUAUUAGAUAGUGACAAAACGCGUGUAGCCCAUAGUCCUCUAAGUUUGUCUCCUGUUGGAAAGGAACACCAUGUGUGUGAGAUCAUAGUGAAGGACCUGGAAAGCAACAAAGUCAUCUACAGACGAAGUAAAAGCACAGACAACCUCAACUUUCUCAAAAAGAGCUCAUUCAAAAGGAAAUCUACUUCAAAUCUAGCGGAUGUAAAAUCCAGUAGUGAAAAGGAGAUCCUACAAAAAAGUAGUCUAAACACCUCUGAGGAUGCUGAUAAUCUUGGUGGGACUCCUGAAAGAAGAUCAAAGCGAUGGAGAAGUCCAAUCAGGGCAAAGGACUUUGAUAGAGUAUUAAAGAUAAUGAGCAAUGUUACAGAUGGACAUUGGAAAAGAGACGGUAGCAAGUGCAGCUCUCCAACUCCUGAAGAACCCCACAAGAGUAGGCCAAACAGUCGGCUGCAUGAUGACUAUUCCAGGAGAGUUUCUACCAGUGCUGACAAUGAAAAGAAGAGGUGUAUAUAUAAUCCAUAUUCCCCAUCUUCUGAGACGAGGAUGCCACAGAACACCAGUAGAACCCAAAUGAACGAUCUUGAAACACACGUUCUGCCUACCAAUUUAACUUUGUACUCUUCAGGAGGCCUUUCCGAAACAUGUAGUCCAUCUCCUACUAGCAGUAGCUUAAGCCAGUUGGCCAGUGAUGUCUUUUAUUCAGAUACUGAGGAACUUAAAUCGAUCCCUCAUUCUGCUUCAGAUUUAGGAAUUCCUGGAACACCCAUGAGACCGACCGCUCCCAAGCCACAGAGCCCCAGUACUUCCAUCGUGGGUACUAACCGCAACAGCAAUUUAUCAUUGAGCUCUAUGGAAAGUGAUGAAAGGACUGAAUUAUGUGCCAUAAAAGUAGACAGAAGUCCUCAGUCCUUUAAGGACACCAUUAAGAUUACUUAUUAUGAUGAUGGUACCGAGGAUAGUGGCGUCAGCAGCCACUCUCAGCUGAGCCUCAACGUGGUUAAUGAAGAAAAGCAUGAGGUCACGACAGAAGAUUCCAGGACCAAAUCUCCAUCUCCAGAUGAGGAAAAGGCAGAGUCUCAAAAAGUGUCAUCUCAGAAAUGGGCCACUGGAAAAAGCCGGUGUAGGCCAAGACCUCUUUCGGACUAUGGUCAAAUGGCCAUUCGCAGUUUCUCCAUCCCAGAAGACUCCGUUCCUAUGGAUUGCCAGAAUGCUGAUGGUGGGAACGGUACAUUUCCCUCCCGUUCUGUUAGCGAGGAAACAAAAGAUCACAAACGUAACACGGAGUUCAAAGGAAACGUUAAAAGAAGACCCAUUUCUGUAAUAGGUGGUGUCAACCUGUAUGGGACAAGCGAGGAUGAGGAGAAUGGAGAUAUGCUUCAAAAACCGAUCCCUCGGCCUCCUGUACCAUCACACAAAGUGCCUCCGUACAAGGCAGUCUCUGCUCGCUUACGGCCCUUUGCCCUCUCACAAAGCACACCAAUCGGCCUUGAUCGCGUUGGACGCAAGAGGACUAUACGAGCUUCUAAUAUCUCUACAGAUGGAGGAGCAGAGUCCACAACAUUGACUGAUGACAACGGCAGCGAAGAGGAGUACAGCUUUGAUGACCGCUACCAGGCCAAUCCAAGAUACCUGCAGCCAGGAGGGGAGCAGUUAGCCAUCAAUGAGUUGAUAAGUGAUGGUAGCACUGUUUAUGCAGAAGCUUUAUGGGAUCAUGUCACCAUGGAUGAUCAGGAGCUGGCCUUCAAGGCCGGAGAUGUCAUACGAGUCCUUGAAGCUUCAAAUAAGGACUGGUGGUGGGGGCGAAUCGGAGAUGCUGAAGCCUGGUUUCCAGCAAGUUUUGUUAGGUUACGGGUGAAUCAAGAAGAUGUUUCUGAGAACUCUGGAAGCCUUCAAGAUGAGGAUCAUGACUCUGAUAUUGCUAAAUUUCGUCACAAGAGCCCUGAAAACAAGGAUCAAAUGCGAACAAAUGUAAUUCAAGAGAUAAUGAACACAGAGCGGGUCUACAUCAAACAUCUGAAGGACAUCUGCGAGGGCUACAUCAAGCAAUGUCGAAAGCACACAAGCAUGUUCACUGAAGCACAACUGAAAACCAUCUUUGGAAACAUUGAAGACGUCUAUAAGUUCCAGAAAACCUUCUACAAGAACUUGGAGAAGCAAUACAACAAGGAAGACCCUCAUUUGAGUGAAAUUGGGGGCUGUUUCCUUGAAAAUCAGGAUGGAUUUUCAAUCUACUCUGAGUACUGUAACAACCACCCCAACGCCUGCCUGGAGCUUUCCAACCUGAUGAAGCACAGUAGAUAUCGGCACUUCUUUGAGGCCUGCCGGCUGCUACAACAGAUGAUCGAUAUCGCUAUUGAUGGCUUCCUGCUGACUCCAGUCCAGAAGAUCUGCAAGUAUCCUCUGCAGCUAGCCGAGCUGCUCAAGUACACAACCCAGGACCACAGGGAUUACAACAGAAUAAAAGAAGCCUAUGAAGCCAUGAAAAAUGUGGCCUGCCUAAUUAAUGAACGGAAAAGGCGACUGGAGAGCAUUGACAAGAUUGCCUGCUGGCAGGUCUCCAUAGUUGGGUGGGAGGGACAAGACAUUUUAGCCAGAAGUUCUGAGCUGAUCCAUUCAGGGGAACUAACAAAGCUCUUCAAACAAAGCAAGAGCCAGCAGAGGACUUUUUUCCUCUUUGACCACCAGCUGGUCUUCUGCAAGAAGGACUUGUUGCGCAGAGACAUCUUGUAUUAUAAAGGGAGUAUAGACAUGGACGAAAUGGAAUUCACUGAUGUAGAAGAUGGAAAGGACAGGGACUUCAAUCUUAACAUUAAGAACGCUUUUAAGAUGGUGAAUAGGCAAACUGAUGAAGUGCAUUUAUUUUGUGCCAAGAAACCGGAGGACAAGCAGAGAUGGCUCCAAGCAUUCUUAGAUGAACGAAAGAGAGUCCAGGAAGACAAAGAUAUGGGUAUGGAAAUAUCAGAAGACCAAAAGAAACAAGCCAUGAACAAUGCGAAGAAGUCAAGGCAGGGGAAGAUGAAAGGUGUCACUUACAAUGGAUUUCCUGCAGUCCCUCCUCAUCAAAACUUGCACCCGAUCCACCAGCGCCACAUCACGGUGCCCACCAGCAUUCCACAACAGCAGGUGUUUUCCCUGGCCGAGCCUAAGAGAAAGACUUCUCCGUUCUGGAACACAAUCACUAAGCUCGCACCCUUCAAGAAAUGAGGACCUCUGAUAUGAAGGAGAACUACUGUAUUUAUGUGAAGGACACUUGCAGUAUUUCGAGACAGAAAGUUUUGCAGUCAAUUGUAUUUCUCAGUAACUUAAAGGGAAUCUGUCACCUGGUUUGACCAUAUUAAGCUCUCACCAUUGCCAUGUGUAGUAAAAAUACCUUAUCUCCUGCAGUGCGCCUGUGCGAUCCGACCGCUCCUGAGGGCAACAACGAUAAGAAGACGUCACUGGGCUCGGCGCAUGCCCAGUGACACUUUUGAGGCUGUUGCCCUCAGGAGCGGACGGAUCGCACAGGCGCAGGCAGUACUGCGCCUGCUCGAGAUUUCAGCCGGACUAACUGAAGAUUCAAGGUGCCUGGUUUGAAUGAAUUAACUGACGUAGCUGAGGGGGCGGCGCUGUUAAACUAUACUGUGGGACGAUACUACAUAGCGAGGAGGCGUGCUUGGACUAUAAACUAAGGCGGGCUAGGCACUGCAGGGGGGCGUUACUGGGCUCAGAGGGUGAAGAAUAACGCCCCUCUGGGCACCUUCUGGGUUCAUUUGCAUAACACAAAGAUCGCUUUUUUAGCAAAAUGAAAGCAUGAAUAUAAGAAAGAAAACCACUGCAGCAGAGAAGGUAAUUUAUUAAACAUGGCAAUGGUGACAGCUUAAUAUGGUCAAACCAGGUGACAGAUUCCCUUUAACUAGUGUUUUCCUAGAGGAUGGUAAAAAAAAACACAAUAAUGUGAAAUUGGUGAUCAGAUACUGUGGGGGGUAUUACCAUCCACGAGUACUUGCUGUUGAUGAAUAUUUUAUUUAUUCCUAAAAUGGUUUUGAUUUUAUGGAACAUUUUUAUAUAUGUAAAUAUAUGUAAUUUUUUUUAAAUUAGUCUGGUUCUAAUGAGACAUGGAGCUCUUUUAGGCUUCUUAAUCAUGGCUUUUGGAUGGUGGUGUUGCAUUCCAAAAAUUCCAGCAACUGUCAGAAUUCCAUUAAAAUCCAGUUUGUUUUUUCAGUUUUUUUCAUGUUAAGAGGGCAUUUAUCAUGAAAAAAUCUUCAUACGCGUUUCUAGCCUGUACAGUUCUGAUUUCAUAGCAGAAUAAGAACUGUACACAUUUAAAACGUGUAAGUGGCCAUGACGUAUGUCUUCUUUUAACAUUAAAAAAAUAGUCAGAAUUUUACCGGAAUUAAGACAUUUUUUGGACUACGUACAUUUACCUACUAUCAUGGUGAUUAUGGCCUAUGAGCUAACUGAUGUUUUUUUGCACACUAGAUGGUAGUGCUGACCGGUGGCCAUUUUCUUCUAAUCAAGGAAGUGAUGUUAAUGAAGGAAUCCAUAAAAUUCUAAGCUUAAUGUGUAGUGGCCACAUAGGACAGUAGGGCUUUGGCUACAUGGAGACUAGUGAGACUUUCUCAUUUUUGAGAAACAGUCAAGGCCCACAGGACCAAUUCAAAAUAUUCCUCUGGUGUGUGUCUGAAAUUGCAAUGGGUCACCACAAAACGGUUCCGAGCUCAGGCUUUAUAUAAGUUGGUUUGUUUCAUAUUAGAAUUUCGGACAUUUGGAAAAAUCACAUGGUCAUAUUGCUUGAUAUGUUCUUAGCACCAGACCCCAUUGACUAUAAUGGUAUCUGGCGUGGAUCCGUCCGGUUUUCAGCUGCACAAAAACUGUUGCAUGCAAUGGUUUUUGUCCAGUUGGGAUUUCACCGGAAAGUGGCCAUAUCCCCUCAGAUCCCAUUAUAGUCAAUAGGUUCUGACAGUGACUGGCAGUAUACAGCUAGGCUGGAUCUGGUGAACUGCGGCAGGCUGUUCUCUGCCGAAAGAGCCUGCCAGAUCGGUUUAACCCAAGUGUGAACCUACCCUUAAUUAUCUGUCCAAAAUGUAGAACAUCAUCGACGGUAGGUGUCUCAAAGCCAGUGAGGAAUAUGCCGGCCUUUGGACCCCCUACUCCUGUUUGAUCUUUCAUUUUUCUUAGCAUUGCAAAGAUCUUCAGAGAAGCAGCCAAAAUUUUGAAUUAUGGUUAUUUAAAAAAAACAAGUUAAUAUUUCGAAAAAGUAAUGAAAAAAAACAAUAAUUCACAAAUGUAGGAUCCUUCAGAUUUACUUAGAGGCUCUGUCCCAUAAACAGAGAACAAUUUCUUAAUUUUUUUUUUUUUUUCUUAUCCUGUGUCCAGAUAUUGCUGUCCACCCCCAAGUGUUCGUUUGAUUCCUUCUCUAAAACUCUGGCUAAUGGGUCCCAUACUGGUGGUCACAUAUGAGCCGUACCUCAGUCCCACUGUCCAGAUCUUUUUGUACAUGGGCAGUAGAGAGGUUCCUGUUUUUAAGUACAAGCCAGCUGAUAAGACUGGGUACACUGAUGGACGUUCUGAAAGAGGAAUUAAAAGUACACCAGGGGGCGCCAUAACAAGUAUGUCACAGCAAUAUCUAGAUGCAGGACUUUUGUUAAAAUGAUUUCUGUAGAUUAUUAACUUUGGGCAUUUACACGUUUUCAGUUGAAAUCCUUUUUAGCUGGAAAUUUGAGGCCUUUACUUUAAUUAUAUUCCAAUCAACAUAGUAUAUAAGGCCGAAAAAAGACAUCUGUCCAUCCAGUUCGGCCUGUUAUCCUGCAAGUUGAUCCAGAGGAAGGCAAAAAAAACUUUGACAUACUCUGUAGAAAAGGUCAUAGAGGGGUAACCUACUUCUAAGAAUAUUUGCACAGCCACAGUCAGUGAAGGGUUGUGCAUUUUUGGCAAGGUUGGUAAUCAUUAUAAAGCUUAUAAAGACAAUAUCCAGUGCACCAACUUACUAAACUGGUCACUGAUCCUGAGGUCCAGGGAGGGAAGGAUAUUUUACAGUUCAAUUGACUUUAGAUACAUCUGUAGACAAGACUCUGGCUUCUAUUUUCAUAGUUGCCAACAGUCCCGAGGUUUCAGACCAUACCUGCAAAUUCAGGCUGUCCCAGGCCCCCAAAACAGGCAGGCCUAGGUAAGCCAAACCCAUAAAUGCAUGAUCCCUCUGUGUUUGCGGGUUUUCCCGGGGUGACACAUAUUUGUCCCCAAAUUACUAACUGUAAAAGUUGGUAUGGCUGUGGGAGAUGGGAAAACUAACAGCAGUGUGAACAGAGGCUUAUAUAUACAUUGACUCCACUAUAUCUCCCAGCAGCCAUUGUUCAUGAGAUUCAGAAGUAUGAGGAGGGCUGUAAUAUAAAUGGUUCGCCAUGCACUGUUAUUUUCUUGGUGUAUUAAAACUCUCAGCAUCUUGCCAUCACGUUAUACAUUGACGGAUGAAGCGAACAGCCUGUUGAUGCUUUUCGUCAUCCUAUUAGUUGUAGACCAAAAGAUUCGUACUGGUCGCACCUGAAGACUGAGGGAACCACAGCUGAGUAACUGGAUUGGGAUACUCGUAAGCAUGAGAUGUGAAUAAGCCAGAUAUAGAAUAUACAGUAGAUAUUAACACACUAUCUGGAUUGCACAAAGCCAAAAGGGCCCAUACGCCUGCCUGUUUGACUGAGCAUGCAUGUGUUUUCAAAGGUGAGAGGAAAAAAGCCACUGCCAGGCACCUCUGGUGGCAGGUUAUAUCUAGCUAGAACAAAAGAAUCAGGUGUUGAAAUUCAACGUUCCUGAUCCUUCUUCCCCUUGUCUGAAAAGAGUCAGGAGGUCCUUAUACAAUUAGUUGGCCCACUCGACAGAAAUCGGCAGAUUCAUUUAUCGUGAACUGUUUAUGGGGUCCUUAAAAGGACACUUCCAUCAGAAAGGAAUUUAUAUUUUUUUGCUGUUUUUUUAUUUUUCAUUUCGGCAGUACUAUGCCAUUGAAACAAAAACAAAAAAAGUUCUUCUGUAGCAGUCAGCACAGAGCUAAAAACUCCUAUAUAGACAAGUAAUAGUUGGUUCACUGCUGCUUAUAGGGGAAAAGGUUAUCUGAAGAGUAAUCCUCAUUAUAACAGUAGUUGUAGAAUUGGGAUAACAGUAUGACAGGUCUAUGGUUAUCUCGAUAGAUAAAAAUGCCCACAGAAGAGUUCUGCACUGAAUAGUGUAAUGUAUGACGCUCUAAUUGUGUCACUCAUCCCACUUCCCUCUAUGGUCACAGUGAUGGUCUGACUGAGACAGUUAAGUGAGACUGUUUGCAUGCUAAUAAUCGAAACAAAGAGGAAGUUAAAGAACUAGGACAGAAAGUAGUAUCUUUUGGAGUGAUUUAAAAAAAUUAUAUCCAGU